AUGCCUCCUCGGAAUGUCGCCUCAGUGGCGCCAGCCAACAGAAAUUCUUCGACCUCGUACGUCUCUGGCAUUGAUUUCGGCUCCGAUCACAAAAAGGUGUCCCAGGACAUCAAGAUCUCUGAUAGCGAGCAAAAUAAUGGCGAGGAAUCAGAGCCGGGCCAGCUGAAGCGUCGUCUCAAGAGCCGACACUUGCAGAUGAUCGCAAUUGGGGGAACUAUUGGAACUGGUCUCUUUAUCACGAGCGGUACAGCCCUCGCGGAAGCCGGUCCCGCCGGUGCCCUGAUCGCAUAUAUCUUCAUUGGUACAGUCGUCUUCUCCGUCAUGGUCUCUCUCGGUGAGAUCGCGACUUUUAUUCCCAUUACCGGUGCCUUCACUUCCUACGCCGCGCGAUUGAUCGACCCCAGUCUUGGUUUCUCUAUGGGUUGGAUCUACUGGUUUAAUUGGGCCUCUACUUUCGCAGUCGAACUUACAGCUACUGGAACGAUUAUACAAUAUUGGCGGCAAGAUCUGAACAUUGCGAUCUUUAUCGGAGUCUUCUGGGUCUUGAUCACGGCGUUGAACUUCAUGCCAGUCGGAUUCUAUGGCGAAGUGGAGUUUUGGUUCUCCACCAUCAAGGUUACGACGGUCAUCGGCUUCAUGAUCUUUGCGAUUUGUGUCGAUUGUGGUGUCGGAAAACAGGGCUACUUGGGCUUCCACUACUGGAAAGAUCCCGGCGCCUUUGCGUCAUACCUUGUCACAGACAACGAGUCGUUGGGCAAGUUCGUCGGUUUCUGGGCGGUGCUGAUCCAAGCUGGCUUCUCUUACCAGGGAACCGAGUUGGUCGGUAUCGCUGCUGGAGAGACCGAGAAUCCCCAGAAGACUGUCCCUUCUGCCAUUCGCAAGACUUUUGUCCGAAUCGGUCUCUUCUUCGUGUUGACGAUCUUUUUCAUUGGCUUGGUUGUGCCCUCUAACAACAAACGGCUCGCAUCUGGCACGACCAGCGGUGCGUCCUCGCCUAUGGUUAUCGCAGCUGAUCUUGCCGGCAUCUCAGUGCUCCCGAGUUUGAUCAAUGCCGUUCUUUUGACUGUGGUCUUGUCGGCAGCCAAUUCGAACGUGUACAGCGGUAGCCGUGUCUUGACCGGUUUGGCCCUUGAGGGCUUUGCUCCCAAAUUCUUCGCCAAGGUCACCAAGAAGGGUGUACCCUAUUAUAGUGUCGCUUUUACUGCUGCAUUCGGUCUUCUCGGUUUUAUGAACGUGUCCAACAAUGCAGUAACGGUGUUCAACUGGCUGGUCAAUCUCUCCAGUGUUGCUGGAUUCAUCACCUGGUCCUGCAUCAACGGAUGUCACAUUGCCUUCAUGCGCGCAUGUGCUGCGCGGGGAAUUUCACGCGAUGAUCUGCCCUACAAGGCGGUUGCCCAGCCAUGGCUGGCGUGGUAUGGUCUGUUCUUCAAUAUCUUGAUUGCUCUCACUCAGGGAUUCACCUCAUUCAUCAACGGCUUUAAUGUCUCCGAUUUCUUCGUGGCUUACAUUUGUCCGAUUGUGUUUGUUGUCCUUUAUGUUGGUCACAAGCUGUGGACACGCUCAUCUUUCAUUUCCGCUACCGAGGCUGAUCUUGAUACUGGCCGAAUCGAGUUUCACAAAGAGACCGAACUGCCUACCCCGUGGUACUGGCGCUUGUGGCACUGGGUUUCCAACUAA